CUUCUCCCCGGCAGGGCCGUUCCGGGCACUCUCAGCUCCGCUCCCAAGGCCGCAGCAGCUAGGCAUGCUGGGAGUCGUAGUCAAACAACAUCUUGGGGGAUUCGUAUUUAUUUGUUUUUGUUUAUUUUUGGUUUUUUUUAAAAACCCUUACAGAAAGAGAGUGAGAGAACAUUGAAGCCCGCCUAGUAGGGAGCUGACACUCGCCCCAAAUGACAACUCUGAAUCCGCCUCAAGGCGUACCCGUCGCUAAUUCCAUGUGUGGCAGUUCUCGCGAGAGUUUGUGAGUGAGCUGCCGGCAGGAGAGAGGAAAGCGGUGGCGCCGGUGGACAAGAUUGUGGCUCCGGAAUAUUGCAGAUAAUCCCCGAUCAAGCCAGAGAGGAAAUUGCAGCAAGGUGCUGGGAACUUGUUCAGAGUCAGAGAGAGAGAGAGAGAAGGAGGAGAAGGAAGGAGAUACAAGCACAGCAGAAGAAAGAGGGAUGUUGGAGGUCAUCCUGGGAGAAACAUAGGGACAGCAGAGCUGCGAGAGCACCCUGUGCCAGCCUCUUUGCUAGGAUCCUCCAGCCUCUCUGGACCACUGAUCCGAGCAGAGGGGGCAGAGAGGGGGGCAGCGGGCUGCUGCCAAGGUGAUCCAGCAACCCUCCUAGGUGGCCAGAGUCCCUCCGCCUUCAAGGCAAGUCCAGAUUCAGUUGACAGAAUGCCAGGACUCAUCAACCGGACAAGCAACACUGCCCUCCCUCUCACUGCUUCAGAGGUCACAUCCUGCGUCAGUGGCUAUGCCUUCGGGAUGACUGCUUCCCUCACCUACGGGAACUCUGAGAACCAUCCUUUCGAAGGCCUUUUUGUCUACCCACUGGACGAAUACACAACCGUGGUUGGCUUUGAAGCCCUGGUUUCCAAGCAUGUGGUGACGGUGCAAAUCAAAGACAAAGCCAAAAUUGACGACUGCUACGUUGACUGCUGCAGCCACCCUGCCGGCAGAGCUCCAAACGAAGGGCGCAUUGUGCUGGAUGAAGAUCUGGAGAGGAUUGUCUUUGUGGCCAACGUGGGCAUGGUGCCGCCUCAGGAAAGCAUCACCAUCUGCAUCAGCACCUCCUCGGAGCUGCAGACCCUCCCCAGUGGUGCCGUCAGAGUCCUUCUUCCAGCUGUGUGUGUCCCCAAAGUCCCCCAGAACAGCGCCGAAGCUGCCACCAGCCUCUCUGGCCUUCGAUUCAGAGACAGACAUUAUUGUGGGGCUACGACUCCAGACCACGCGAGUCAAUUCUGUCUGGCCCGGCUUCUGGAGACGGAGGCCACCAAUCCCACAGAGUACGAGUUCAGCUUCUACCUGGAGAUCCGGGGGCCCUGCCUACUUGCAGGGGUGGAGAGUCCGACACACGAGAUCCGAGCAGAUGCGGAACCAUCAGCCAGAUCCGCCAAGAGCAUUGUGAUCACUUUGGCCAACAAGCACACCUUUGACCGGCCUGUGGAGAUCCUGAUCCACCCAAGCGAACCUCACAUGCCUCAUGUCCUGAUGGAAGAAGGUGGCAUGUCCUCUGCAGAGUAUGAGCAGCACCUGAAGGGGCGAAAUGACUUCAUUAAGGGGACAAAGAAAGACCCCAGUGCUGAGAAAAAGACAGAAAUUAUCAGGAAACGCCUUCACAAGGACAUUCCUCACCACCCGGUUGUCAUGCUGAACUUCUGUCCUGACUUAAAGACCGUCCAGCCCAACCUUAGGAAAACCCAAGGAGAAUUCAUAUUUCUCGUCGACCGCAGUGGAAGUAUGAGUGGCGUGAACAUCAGCCGUGUCAAGGAUGCCCUGCUGGUCAUUCUGAAGAGCCUCAUGCCAACGUGUCUCUUCAAUGUCAUUGGAUUUGGAUCCACCUUUAAGGCCUUGUUUCCUUCCAGCCAGACCUACUGUGAGGAGAACUUGGCCAUUGCAUGCGAGAGCAUCAAGAAGAUCCGGGCGGACAUGGGCGGGACCAAUAUUUUGUCUCCUUUGAAAUGGAUCAUCCGGCAGCCAAUCCACCGAGGGCACCCGCGGCUGCUUUUCCUGCUGACCGACGGAGCCGUUAACAACACUGGGAAAGUGAUAGAGCUGGUCAGGAACCACUCCUUCUCCACCAGGUGCUACACUUUUGGGAUUGGCCAGAAUGCCUGUCGGAGGCUGGUGAACGGGCUGGCAGCUGUGUCCAAAGGAAGUGCAGAAUUCCUUCUGGAAGGGGAGAGGCUGCAACCGAAGAUGAUCAGAUCCCUGAAGAAGGCCAUGGCUCCCAUGCUCAGCGACAUCUCGGUGGAGUGGGUCUUCCCGGAAACGACCGAGGUCUUAAUCUCCCCAGUCAGUGCCUGCUGCCUUUUCCCGGGCGACCGCUUGGUUGGCUACAGUGUUGUCUGUGACACGUCCCUGUAUGUUUCGGACACUCGGCGGGACAAGAGGCGGCGUUACAGCAUGCUGCAUUCCCAGGAGUCGGGCAGCUCUGUUUUCUUCCACUCACAAGAGGAAGGGGGCGCUGCAGACAAGGAGUCCGAAAGUGGGUUCCCUUCAGAGAGGACCUCUGAACUCCUAGACAUCGGUGGAGACCUCGGAAGCGAGUCCGACCUGGAAGCUGACACUAAAACCACCUCGCGCCGGCGAGCAUACAGCACCAAUCAGAUUGCUGACCGCGUACCAUUCCAGAAGGUCCCCACAGCCAGCGAUCCCAGCUCAGCUCUGAUCAAGAAUCCUCUUCGGAAAGCCCAGCUGCAGGACCUCAGCCAGAUUAGUCCUGAUCCACAGCCCUGGCAAGAUGAGUUCCAGAACUUCGCUGCUGCCUCCCGCGUCUCUACUCCAAGAAUCCGAGGAGCUGGUGCCAGGCGGCCCUCCCUGCUGCAGCAGAGCCGUCUCUCACUGUGCCAUGACCCAGAUUCGCCACAGCUGCGUGUCAGCACCGUGCCGGCGGCAACCAGGAAGAGCCCGGGCUACCUCGAAGCCAACUCCAACCUCCUGGGAUCCUCCUUGGAAAGGCGAAGUCCUGGGGAUAUGGAUCUCGCCCAGAACCCUUCCUUCACCUUUGAAAUAGAGACCUCAUCAGACUGGCAAUUCCACGACCUGGACGCUAGCUCAGCUGCGGGGAGUAGCUUACAGCACACCCCAAGAUCUCUUUGCAAGGCAAUUGUGAAAGGCUUAUGGAGCAACGAGCCGGUGCAGUGGGAGAUGGCUUUCGACAUCGGGCCACUUUUCCAAGGCGGCGAGAACAAGGGGUAUGAUGAAGAGGACCUCUGGAAUGAGACCUUCCACCACCUGGCCGCCAAGUCCAUCAUCAGAGACUUUGAGCAGCUCACCGAGAGAGAAUGUGAAAUUGAGCACGGAUCGGGCCGGCGGUACCAAGCGAAUGCUGCACACACCAGCAAAGCCUGUAGCAUCAUCAGCAAAUACACGGCCUUCCUCCCGGUAGACCUGAGCAAUAACAGCUACCUGCCGACCGUCAUUGAAUACCCCAAUGCAGGUCUGGCGCUGAAAUCGGGCAGUCAGCGGAGCUCAAGUACGGAGAGCCGUAGACACCGGGGGUUUUCGGCUGGACUGGGACGCACCUUGUCAACUUGUGGUCAAGACGGAGCGGAUGAUGGUUUCUACAACACUGAAGAGAACAACCUGUCUCCGUGCAGCACACCUUCCUCUUCCGGCUGGGAGCGCUACACUUUCCCUGAUGUACCAUUGCGAAGCCCAUCCAUUUCCUCUCAGAAAUCCAUUGAGGGCCUGUUUGCUGCCAGGCUGACUUUCAACAAAGCCAGGUUGCUGACUCGAGCUGCUAGAAGCUUCAUGGGCAAAUCUCCCGCCAGGACCAGUGAGUCGAGUUUGGAGAGCGACAAUGAAAACAUCGACUAUCUGCCACUGGUUCUCCUCCAGAUGGCCUGUGGCUCCUUCCUCUUGAACAAGGCCUUCUCGGAGGCCAUCAACAUCCCCCUGGAGAAGCUCAAGUGGACGUCGCCUUUCCCCUGCCACCGCGUGGCACUAAGCCCCUCGGCCAGCUCUUACAGCUCCAGGAAGUCUGGCUUCUCAGGGGAAGCCAAGAGCCCGGAGUGUAGCCCGCAGCCGGGUGAGGCCCCAGGAGAAGGGAACGACUCCUCAGACGACACACAGGUCAAGAGCGAGGUGGGACGGGCCCGCCACUUCUCCGGCAGCGCGGCCGAAAGUGUCUCCCGGGCCCUGAAGGCCGAGAACACUCUCUCUCCUCCCGCCAUCACCAUCCGACGCUUCUCCUCCCCAGAAAACGCGCCCUCGCCGCAGGAGUCGCAGUCCGACAGCGGCAUGGGUUCCGAGACGACGGACAGUUCCGAGUUGCAGGCUUGGCUUUUCGACAUCGAGUUCCAGCAGCAGACGGAGCCGGAGGGGAUGCUCUGGGCCACGGCCGUUGCCCUGGCCUGGCUGGAGCACAGCUCGGCCUCCCAUUUCAUCGAGUGGGAGCUGGUGGCGGCCAAAGCCAGCCGGUGGCUCAGCGAGCAGGAUUUCCCCGAAGGCCGCAGCCUGCUGACCGUGAAGGCGGCCGCUCAGCAACUCUUCGUGUUGCUUCGGCAUUGGGACGAAAACCUGGAGUUUAAUUUGCUUUGUUACAAUCCCAAGAAUGUAUAGGAAGGCAAAGGAAGCCGAGAAGGGAGUGAGUUUGGGGGCGGAUGUGGGGCACAGAGACCCCACCCCGGCCCUUAUGCAAACACACUCGUAGCUGACAGAAUCACUGCCAGAAAUCUUCUGACGUGUUGGGCAAAAGCUUGUCAAACCACUCUCGAUGCUGCUUUCAGAGGUCACUUUUCACCUCACGGCCUCUCGCCCUUUUUCCAGCGACACCCCACAUUUUCAAUGGGGCUGUUGGUCAGGUCUCAUUUCAAUGCAUCCUUUUCUAUUGCAUUCUGAAUGUGCCAAGUAAUUUGCAGCUGUCUUCUCCUGCGUCAACCCCAUGGUGAAGAAAUAAUCUCCGUUAUCAGAUGAGGCAACGUUUCCAUUGGCUGGAAGUUCAGAUGGAUCCAGUGUUCCCUCUAAGGGGUGGGCACAUGUGCACGCGCACAAGUGUGGUUUUUUUUAGGUCCGCUCAGUUAAUUUUAGCUCCGACUCAGAUUGAAUUAGGAAGGUCCCGCUCUGAAUAUAUGUGUGCACACACUGCCUUGAUACUGCCGCCCAGAACAAAACGCAUUCCGCACACAGAUGAAAACCAUUAGCGAGAACAUUCGAUGGGGCGUAUGCAUGAACCAGCCACUGAAUCCAAAGCAGGAGAGCCUCUGGGUUUUAGAACAGGACGGAAACCUCAAGGUUAUUCAAGCCUGCUCAAAUGUUGGAUGGCAAAUGUUUGAAACUGUCUGAUCCUGAGGCAGGCCGUGUGUUCAGGAUGAUCUGCUGAGACUGGCAACAUCUUUCAAAGAGAGGUCUUUCCUGGCCCCGGCCCCCAAGAUCUUUCUGAAUUGGAGCUGCUAGGAUUUAGACCUGGGAUUUUCUGCAGUGCCUCUCAGUUCUACAUCGGGAUCUCAAUGAUUAAGCAUUUGCUUAGUCGUUGGGCUGUGGACAUUUCUUUUCAGGAACAUAGGAAGCAGCUUUAUACUGAGUCAGACCCUUGGUCCAUCUAGCUCAGUAUUACAUACACUGACUGGCAGCAGCUCUCCAAGGUAACAGGCAGGAGGCUCUCCCAGCCCUACCCUGAGACACCAGGAAGUGAAUCUGGGAUUGAACCUGGGGCCGUCUGAUGCUCUUUGACUGAGCUAUGGCACACAGGAGACUGCCUUAUACCAAGUCAGAGCAUUGGUUCAUCUCACUCCAUAUUGUCUGUUCUGAUGGGCAGAAGCUCUUCAAGGUUCCAGGCAGGAGGAGAGCUGGUCUUGGGGUAGCAAGCAUGACUUGUCUCCCUAGCUAAGCAGGGUCCACCCUGGUUGCAUAUGAAUGGGAGAUUUGAUGUGUGAGCACUGGAAGAUAUUCCCCUUAGGGGAUGGAGCCGCUCUGGGAAGAGCAUCUAGUUUCCAAGUUCCCUCCCUGGCAGCAUCUCCAAGAUAGGGCUGAGAGAGAUUCCAGCCUGCAACCUUGGAGAAGCUGCUGCCAGUCUGGGUAGACAAUACUGAGCUCGAUAGACCAAAGGUCUGACUCAGUAUAUGGCAGCUGCCUAUGUUCCUAUGUAGACUCUCCCAGCCCAGUCUGGAACUGCUGCCAGAGUUGGUGUCAGCUUUCACAUGGAUAGAUUCUCUCCAGGGUAUCUGGAGAGCUUGGCCUUUUAGGUCUCUCAGUGGUGCAUUCAUUGCUGCCGUAAUCGAGUAAUCGAGUCCUAAAUAACAAAAGAAAUGGCCACUCCCUUUCUGAACCUUCCGUGCCACAUUUGGGAACGUUGACCUGUAGCCGCCUUGUUUGCGGUUGAUAUCUGUUCCGCUUCUGACACUCACUGACCCUUGCGUGUCCAUAGCACGGUCUUCUUGUCGGUUGUGAGGGUGUGUGCAUGUGUGUGUUAGGGCAUGUCCAAGCAUCUCUGGCUGCAUGGACCAAAGAACUAUUUUGGUGCUUCCAAAUCCCGCAGCAGUGCAGAUUUGGGAUGGUCACAGAUCCCAAGUAGCUAGCUCUGUGCGGCUAGCACACAUCCAUGGCCGACUGUGAUACGAGUGAGAUUAUCUCCCCUGCUCCAUUCUUUUUUUAAAAAAAAGAUUUUUUAAUCCUGCUACUUUUUUCAAAAUAGAUGAUAUACGAAUAUGACAAAUAUUUAUAUACCGCUUUCAACAAAACUCCCCAAAGUUGAUAUAAAUAAAUAAAUGAAAUGGCUCCCUGUCCCCAAAGGGCUCACAGUCUAAAAGAGAAACAGAAGAUAGACACCAGCAACAGCCACUGGAGGGAUGCUGUGCUGGGGAUGGAUAGGGCCAGUUGCUCUCCCCCUGCUCAAUAAAGACGACCCCCACUUUUAAAAGGUGCUUCUUGCUCAGUUACCCGGGGUUGUAAAUAGCCUGUAAGGAAUCUGGUUCUCUAAGGGUGAUUUCAUCGGCAUUUAAGCUGAUCUUAGGUUCAGUAUUAUUAAUAGUCAGGCCUUUAAUCUACUGGUUCCAUCUGAUGGCCGAAUCUAAUGGCUCAAUGGCCAGCCAUUAGGUAGCAAAGGAGAAAUUGGACGGAUUGCUCUGUGUCCCCUUCUCCCUUCAUUCUCGUUUAUCCAGUUUAAUUGCUGAAAAUAAUUCUGGGACUGAAAUGUGCUGCAACUUUCCGUUCAUUUCCCCUCUCUCUUACUAAGGUGCACCUGUGCAAAACGUGCAAAAAAGCAUCUACAUAUCAAAGAAACAAAAAAACAGGGGGAAUAGAAUGGAUUCAAAGAAGUAGCACAGAAAUCACCAAAGAAUCCAAACUAAAAAAUAAAUAAAAAUUAAAUAAUAAUAAAAUUGUCCAAAAUUGUCCAAAUGUGCAAAAAGCAUCUACAUAUCAAAGAAACAAAAACAAAAAACAAACAAACAAACAAAAAAACCAGGGGGAAUAGAAUGGAUUCAAAGAAGUAGCACAGAAACCACCAAAGAAUCCAAACUAAAAAAUAAAUAAAAAUUAAAUAAUAAUAAAAUUGUCCAAAAUUGUCCAAACGUGCAAAAAAGCAUCUACAUAUCAAACAAACAAACAAAAACAAACAAACCCAGGGGGAAUAGAAUGGAUUCAAAGAAGUAGCACAGAAACCACCAAAGAAUCCAAACUAAAAAAAAUAAAAAUUAAAUAAUAAUAAAAUUGCCCAUGAUUAUUUAAUGAUUUUUUUAAAAGUUUGGAUUCUUUGGUGUUUCUCUCUCUCUCUCUCUCUCUCUCUCUCUCUCUCUCUCUCUCUCUCUCUCUCUGCAUAGAUAGAUAGAUAGAUGUGUGUGUGUGUGUGUGUGUGUGUGUGUGUGUGUGUGUCUGUACACACACAUAUGGAAUCCAUUCUAUCCCCCCUGGUUUAUUAUAUAUUUACUAGAAGUGUAUUAGAAAUUAUUAGAAGUUUUUACUACAAAAAAUAAACAGUUUAUUUUCAAUUUUAGUAACCAGAAAGUUCACUACUCAGAAAGUUACUAAGAAUACGUCACAUAUAAACUCAGUCCAGAAGAACUGGAAAAAUCACCCUCACCAGCUGGCAAUUUGGGGCAUUUGCUCCUUCUCACUGGGGAUCAGGCAUCAGGGAUGUGCAAACCUAUUCAAAUUUGAAUUGAUUCUGCUUAAAUCUGGGUGAUUCGAGUGAUUCAAAUUUGAAUCAAAUCAGCCCUUAAAGGGAAAUUGGAUUGAAAUUUGGAUCCAAUUUUCAAAAUCAGAUUCAAAUUUGAUCCAAGCACCUGAAUGAACCCCUGAUUGGUUUUAAAAGGCACCAAAAAAGGUUUGAAUCGAUUCAAAUUUGAUUCAAAUUCAAAUCAAAUUUUAGGGCCAGAUUCAAAUUUGAUUUGAAUUCAAAACAAUUUGUUUAAUUCGAUUUGAAUUUGAAAUGAAUUAAAAAUUGUUUCAUGCACCUCUCUAGCAGCCAUGUCACAAUACAAAGAAAAAAUUCAGAAUCUUCCUUGGUGGUGAUGGGGAAUUAGCCUAGACAUUUUUAGCGCAUAGCAGGGGGAAAUCUGUAGGGUUUAGAAAUUGGUGCAGAUGCUGAGGACAUACUAAAGGUCCCGAACAUUUUGAGUUAAGCCUCAGACAUCAUCUUGGGGAAAUGGUGGCCAAAUAGCAUUGUCCAUGCAUAUCUCUCAAAUCCUUGCUCCAGCAUGAAAAUACUUAGUAGAAAGGGGAGACAUGUGAAUGCAAGAAGUGGGCAACAUUUGGUAUCCUGCCUCAGGUGCACAGAGGUCCUGAGCUGCCAGGACAAAGAGAGUGUGUGUCAUGCUCUUACAAAAUUCGGAAAUUUGGAAAAGGAUGCAUGGAGCCUUCGUAAUACAUUGGUUCCACUUUGGAAACCAUGCUAGGCAAUUUGGAACUCCAGGAAAUAAUCUGUAAAGAAAUACUGAGGAGGGGAAUUUCAGAAGCACGUCUAUCAUCAUCUGGUCCUCCAUCUCUGCCAGCGGGGCUGUCUCUGGUCCACACCUGUGCUGAGCUGGCUUUCUGUGGAUCUGUGCUUGUGCUGCUGGAAACAUGUUAAUGGCUUCAUGUCACUGUCGCUCUCGGUCCACCAGGUGGCUUCGUGCAUCCCUUGCUGUGCUAAAAGUGGUGGUUUCAUUCUCCCAAUCCUCAAGUGCCUAUGGGAUGCAAUCCCCACCUGCUGUAUAGCGACUUUCUGACUGUGACGCCUGUGACUCUGAGCUGCUUCCCUCUCUCAAAUGGAAAACAAACUUCUCCCUUGCUUUUCAUUCCUUUCCAGUAAAUAUUCUUGCUUUGUCUGGUCAGUGAGCGAAAAUAUAUUUGUGCUGAAUGCACAGAGCUUGCUAGAGAUGUGUCCCUCCUUCACUUCUUUGGAUAUUGGUUCAAACUGGAGCUGAAACGACAUUUCCCACUGUGGCAAACCGGCCAAAUCAGGAAUUGGUUUGAGCAUUUCAGUGGUUUCGAUUUUGCGACAGAUAUUCCACUUGAAAGGUUAUUUGAAAGACCUGAAAUCUCAUUUCUCACUGAUAGAUUUGAAGCAAAUUUACGAAACUCAGUACACUGAUGUCCUCUUUUCUCCCCCUUGCUAAACCCUACCAAAUUUAUUUAUCUAUCUAUUUAUUUAUUUAUUUAUUUAAUACAUUUCUAUACUGCCCAAAACGCAAGUUCUCUGGGCGAUUUACAAAACCAUAAAAACAGCCAAUAAAAGAUUAAAACAUUUCAACAACUAAAAUUAAAAAGUUAAAACUAUUAAAACACAAUUUAAAAACACAAUUAAAACAGUAUCCAAUAACAUUUAUAUUAUUGGGUAUGUGACUGGGGAAAAAACAACUGAAAACUUUCAGACUUUUACCCCUUAGGGAUUACCAAUCUGUCCUUUCUGGUCGCUGUGUCUGUUUAUUAUGGCUGUUGCUUUUUUGUGUCUUUAUGUUUUUCUGGUCUUAAUUAAUUGUCAUAUUUUACUGUGAUUUUAUUUUAUUAACUUUUGUAAACUGCCUUGGAAUGAAUAUUAUGAAAGGCGGCAUAUAAAUUAACAAUAAAGAAAUAUAAAUGAAUGCA